CUGCAAAGAACGGACCCAACCGCUGUAUUUCUGUCUCCUUCUCUGUACAAGACCCAACCUAUUCUCUCUCUUUCUCUCUCUUGCGCUCUCUGUUUUUUCAUCUCCGGCUGUUCUUCCAUCUGCGCGGACCUUUUUUCUGUAUUUCUUUGAUCAAGGUUUGGGGUGUGAUCUAUCAUUACUUCUCACUUGUAUUGAGUAUGAACUUGAAAAAGGAUUUUAUUUAGUAUGGAAGUUUUGGAAUGAUGCCCUGUUUGCACUAGUAGGCACGUUUUAAAGUGGGCAACUGGAGAGCGGAUUUGAACUGAGGUCCUGAUUUCUCUUAAGGGUUUAUUAGCAUGAUCUGCUGCUACAUUGAAGUGCUGUAAUCCAGUAUUCAUGUAGGCAGAACAAAGUAUAUGGCACUAACUGCAGAAUUGGGGAGGUUUCUCAGUCUUUCUAGAACCCGUCAUUGAGCCACCGAGCAGUUGAUGAGAUUCAUCUAUCUUAGUUAUGGCAUCAGUCAACUUGACUUCGUGUUUACAGUUGCUACUAAUACAGCUCUGUUCACUGUCUCUGUUAAGGUCCAGGAAAAAGAAAAGGUUCUGCCAAUUAUUUCUAGGAUAAAGAAAGUUCAUACAUGAUGACUGUUACCCCUCUUACACCUGCUAAGUGGAUCCUCUGAUCCAAACCCAGGUAAUGUCCUUCCUAUGAGUAGUUUUUCCCCUAUUCCUUCCACCGUUUCCGAGCAUUAAUUAUUAUAAUAUCCUAUUGCUAUUUGUGAGGGGUAAAGUGUGUAGUGAGCAUUAAUUUCACUUCCAAAUUAAAUUUAUUAAUGUUGUUUCCUUGGCAUGCCUUUACUUUUAGCGUCUCCUUUUUUAUAGCAAAGAAAAAAAUUUCUCCGUUUUGUCUCUUUGCCUCAAUUUGUCAGGAGAUGAACGCAAGGGGUGAUUGACUUAACAAUUGGGAGACUGGGGCUGCAAGUAUAUAUUCAUUGUUUCUAUACCGGUUAUUAUAGAAGCUUAUAUGCACAAAGCAUCCUAGUUUAUGAUGCGUUGCUUGCAGCAUAAACUUUUUACAUUCUUUGCUGCUUGAAAUACUGUGGAGAUCUGUUGCUAUAUGAAGAGUAUAGCAGAAUCCGGGUGGGAAAAUCUGUUCCCAUCAACACAUAUUACCAUGUUGUUUUCUGGCAGAUUCCGGUUUAAGCACUUAAUUUCUUUGUAGCUUUUUGGUGCUUGUUAUGGGGCAUAGACAUUUAUUCAGCACAUCCCAAUCAUUAGAGAACGAGCAUGAUCCGAACUGGAACCAUAUACAUGCCGAGCAACAUUUUGUGAAUCUUGCUGGGGCCGGCACAUCAGACAAUGGUUCAUUCUUUUAUCCUGUGGAAAAUAUGUCUCUAGAUGGAACACAUUUUGCUUCUCACUGGAGCCCUGCACCACGGUCAACUGCAAAUCCUUCCUCAAGUCACAAUGCAGAAGUACUACCUUAUCAGCCAGAUGCAUCAGGCCCAUCUCAUGAUCCUUUUGUGCAUCUGGCAACUGCUGGAAUGUUCUCUACAGUUCCGGAUUCUUAUGCACAACAUGCAUCUUCUUCUAAUUAUGAGUGGCCGACAUUCCAUGGCGUUGAGGGCAGUUUUGUUGAUCUUACAGUGCCAAGCGGAAGGGGGCCUCAAAAGCGAAAAAGUCCUGGAAUUCCUUCAGUCUGUGAGAGAGGCAGUACAAGCAGAUACUACAAUGCUGGAAGUUCUCCUGAUCUUCCAUCAUCUUCAGAACUGCGGCAGGAGAAAUCAAGUAUUGAUUCUCAGUACAUGCCUUGGGAUCACAUUACCAUGAAUCCCAUUUAUAGAGGCAGUGGCCUUUCAAUUAGGGGUGAGGGUUCUUUGAGGAAUGUCAGAAGCCGGUCUGCACUUGAUUUGGAAUCAAACCUCACUAGGACCCAUCUGUCGACCAACCCUUCCUAUUCUGUAAGCCACCCCAUUGACCAUUCCAGCCCUGUGGAUGUUUUGGUUCAGGGUUCUAGUGCUUUGACACGGGAUCGGAGUCUAAUUAACAUGUCUCCUGCAACUGGAAGGGUUAUAGUUUCAGAUACGAGCAGCUUCAACCAUGAGACGGAUCAAUUCCUUGUAGGAAGCAGUUCUGGCAACCCUUCUGCUGAGAUUGGGGGAUAUCAUCAUAAUUUUAUUACAAGCAGAAAUUCUGUUGCUCCUCAAAAUUUUCAUGCUAAUUCAACCCAGUCUGUGAGGGGUGUUCGUAGUAGUAGCUUUAGUCAAAGAUCUAGCCCGGCUUUCAGGGCUUCUUCAAGCAGCUUACGCCUGGGGCAUGCGGCACCUUCUGAUGGAGGACUACAGUUGGUGGCCGAAAGUUACUCCCCAAGACAUCCAAGGCCAUUGUCCACCAUAGGGUGGCGUAAUGGUGACCGCAAUGGGAGGUCAAGGAUAUCUACUGGAAGAUAUAGGUCACUGCCUAAUGAAGCAGGUGUCCAUGAUCGGUUUUCAUCUGAGGGUUUUAUGAUUGUGGAUCGCUCAACUUGGUAUGGGCCCAGAAAUAUGUUUGAUCAGCAUAGAGACAUGAUGCUAGACAUAGACAACAUGAGCUAUGAGGACCUUCUUGCACUGGGGGAAAGGAUUGGGAAUGUGAGCACUGGUCUGUCUGAAGACUUAAUAUCAAAAUGUUUGAUAGAAACAAUUUAUUGUUCAUCGGAUCAGACCCAAGAGGAAGAAACUUGUGUGAUCUGCCUGGAAGAGUACAGGGAUAGGGAUGGUGUUGGGACUUUGAAAGCUUGCGGCCAUGACUACCAUGUUAGCUGCAUCAAGAAAUGGUUGUCUAUGAAGAAUUCAUGCCCAGUAUGCAAAGCUUCUGCUCUGGCUGAUAAUAUGAAGGACAAAUAACUGAGUAAUGUCUCAUGUUGUUUAAUAUAUUCUCAUUCUUGUAUAUACUAUAUUUAUAUUUAUAUAUAUAUUCGGAGAUAAUCCCUCAAAAAGGGGAGACAUUUGCUCUACCAGCCGAUGCCAAUUCAUUGUUGGCCUUCCAUCUUGAUUAUGAGAAGCCUUUAAAUGUUAUUUUGGUUUUUGGACUUUCAUUCAAUGAAAAGUUACAGUCCUCUU